AUGGACGAUGCACGUUUAGAGGCUGCCUUAGGCCACAAACAAGAACUGAAAAGGCAUUUUGAUCUCGUCAGCUUGGUCAGUCUCGGUAUUGUCAUUGCGAAGUACGUCAAGCACAAGGCUAGCCGUCUGUACAGUUUGCUGAUAUGUUCACGUAGCGCCUGGGCCCUUACUGGAGGAACGAUCGUUGCAGCUCUACAAGAUGGAGGCCCCAUGGCAAUACUGUACGGCCUCAUACUUGUCAGUGUAUUCUAUACACUCAUAUCCGCAUCCCUGUCCGAGCUGGCAUCUUCCAUGCCAUCGGCCGGAGGUGUCUAUUAUUGGGCAUCAGUGUCGAACCAAGAAUACGGUCGGUUUGUUGGCUUUUUAACGGGUUACCUGAAUGCUUGUGCCUGGCUUCUGUCGGCUGCGUCGAUUAGCUCCAUGCUCGGAAAUGAGGUUGUGGUCAUGUAUAUGCUCCUCAAUCCCGGCUCGCAGUGGCAUUCGUGGCAGGUGUUCAUCGUUUUCCAAUUGCUCGCUUGGAUAUGUUGUGCAGUGGUUUGUUUUGGGAAUAGAUUCAUCCCUAGGUUGAAUCGAUUUGCUCUUGUUCUCUCAAUGUGUGGCCUAUUGGUGACGAUCAUUGUCCUCACAGUCAUGCCGAGAAAGCACGCAAGCAAUACUGAGGUUUGGAGAAGAUAUCACAACAACACCGGCGGAUGGUCGGAUGGUGUUUGUUUCCUAAUAGGACUGAUCAACCCGGCCUUCUCAGUUGGAGUCCCUGACUGCAUCACUCAUCUUUCCGAAGAAGUUAUGAAGCCCCAAAUUAGAGUCCCUCAAGGAACGAUGCUCCAGAUGUUAACUGCCUUCGUCACCACUUUUGUCUACCUGAUUGCGUUGUUCUACUCCAUUGAGAACCUCGAUACGGUCUUACAUAGCGAGUUCUCGUCGUUCCCAACAGCAGAAAUCUACCGACAAGCCACAGGAUCUAGGCAGGGUGCAGUCGGACUGGUUGCGGUGCUCUUCGUGACUGCGUUUCCAACCCUAGUUGGAGUCUACAUCACUGGAGGUCGCAUGUGGUGGAGUCUUGCUCGAGACAAGGCAACGCCUUUCGCCUCAUACUUCAGUAAUGUUCAUCCAACACAGAAGAAUCCCGUCCGGGCCACUGUAGCUAUGGCUGGUAUGGUGAGUUUCCUGGGUUGCAUAUACAUAAGCAGUACUACCGCGUUCCAAGCACUGCUAUCGUCCUAUGUCGUGCUGAGCACCCUGUCCUAUCUAGGGGCUAUUCUGCCCCAUGUACUGACAGGUCGGAAGACUAUAGUGCCUGGACCUUUCUACAUGGGAAGAAAGACGGGCUUGGUAGUGAACGGAUUGGCUGUGGUCUAUAUUCUUGUUACGAUUGUCCUCUUUUGCUUUCCAAUCACCCUCCCGGUCACAGUUCACAACAUGAACUAUUCAAGUGUUAUUGCUGUAGGACUGGUCACUUUGACUGCGUUAUGGUGGGUUGUUCGUGGGAGACACGAUUACAGGGGCCCGCAGUACAGUGUCGAAAUCGCACAAGAUCUUCCUGCCGUGUUGGAAACAGAGAAUAAAGGACUGUCCGAACAGAAGGCUGCCUGA